UCUCGAUUGGCUCUCCGCAACCUUUUCAUUUUUGCAAAAGAUUAUUGACCAAAACCUUCCAGAACUGUCUAGCUUCAUCUUAGCAUACUUUACUCACCAUGGGCUCCUCUCUCGUGGGCAGUCCUUCUCAGCUGACUGACGCCACGAGCGAUGUGACCCUAUUUGUCGAGAUGCCUACUGAUGUACGGUCGCGACUUGAAAAAUACCACCCGAUUGACGCCGACGACGAUACCGUUGAGGUUUUACGUCAAACCUUCAAGCACUUGCCUCCCGAUGGCCGAGCCAACCUCGCCGAGGACAUCGCUAACUGCCAGUCGGACAGCGGUGUCUACCAACUAGGGCAGCAUCUUAUAACCGGCCUUCUGACACCACUUCAGGUGGCAGGCGGGAAAAUACCCUCGAUCACGCCCUCCCCCAGGAUCGGAGUAGAGGACUCUAUCGAGAAUCUGGCGAGCACGAUUGAUGAAUCAAUGAAACGAAAGCAGGAGGAACUCCGGAAGCAGUGCCGCCGGCGCGACGGAGAAAUGUGUGUAAUAAGCGGCUUCUACAAUGCGGAAAGCCUGGAGACUGUCCCUCCUGGUAAGACCACGGCUCGUCUAGAAGCUGCUCACAUUGUGCCGUUUGCGAUUGCCUCGUUUAAAGAUGAACCCGAGCGCCAGUACAUUACCUCAGUCUGGAACACUCUUUACCGCUACUUUCCUAGCGUUCGAUCCCGGAUCAAUUUUCAGUAUACCAACAUCAACAGUCUCGCCAACGCCAUGAUGUUAGAGAGGGGAGUCCACACUGAGUUUGGCAAGUUUAAUCUGGCCCUCGAGCCCACCGCUGUCCCCAACCAGUAUGAGAUCUUAACCUUUCCUUUGCUCCCUGGCUUUACCCGGAUGGCCUUGCCCACGAGCAGCAAGGUCACUCUUGUCGCGCACGAUGGAAGGGAUGAGCUGCCAUCACCGAUUUUGCUGCAGCUUCAUGCUGCAAUUGCAAAGAUCCUCCACGCAACUGGGCGGGCAGACGCCACCGAGAAAGUGCUGCGGGACUAUGAUGCUAUUGAGGUCAUUGCCCGCGAUGGGAGUACUAAUCUUGCUGCUUUGCUCUCUGUCAGCAGACUCCCUUCCCUGGAGCAGCGGCACCCCAACGUCCGCCGACCGAAUGUCAUGCCGAACACUGCAGAGGAGCAGAAGCCUGCUGCCCAGUCUUCUGCACGGGCAAGCUGGCCGUAUCAGAGCCGCACUGUCGGAAAGGAGAAUUGAUAUCCCCUUCCCUCCUAUCCUAUUUCUUUCAUGUGUCAUGUAUCCAACACCCCCUGUACUCUUAGUCCUGAUACUCUAAAGCAUUGGCGUUGGCUG